AACACGCAGGCAGCAGGGACGGCCCGUGACGUCAUCUUCGUGCGCCCGCUCCUGUAAGGACCCCGGCGCAGGUUGUCCCGGGAAGGGCAGCGAUAUGUUCGGGAGGACGGUGCUUCGUGGCCUGACGGUGACCGGGAAAGCCAGCGUCCUGUGCCUGGCCCAGCUCCAUGUCAGCUCAAGGCAUGGUCUGAAGUAUGGCUACUGGGCAUACAUGCUGGGCGAGAGAACAAGCAAGUUGUUUGGGCCGAACAGCAAGAUCAUCACCGUUGAUGGAAACUUGGCUUCUGGCAAAGGGAAACUUGCUCAGGCACUGGCUGAGAAACUGGGUAUGAAAUAUAUGCCGGAAGCUGAUCAGAAUUAUGUACACAGAAUCACUGGUGAUGGGACUAUCCUGCCUGACAAGUUUGCAGGCCUCUCCAGUCUAGAGAAGUUCUAUGAGGAUCCCAAAUGUCCGGAUGGGAACUCCUAUCGCCUGCAGAUAUGGUUGUUCUGUGCACGCAUGCUGCAAUAUUCUGAUGCUCUGGAUCAUCUUUUGAGCACAGGUCAGGGGGUGAUUUUGGAGCGCUCACCCUUCAGUGAUUACGUUUUCCUUGAAGCCAUGUGCAAAAGCAAUUACAUCCGCAAGGAAUGUGUAAAUCAUUACAAUGAGAUCAAGAACGUGAGCAUUGAUGAGUUCCUGCCUCCACACAUAGCUAUCUAUGUGGACGUUCCAGCUGCUGAAGUGUACAAGAAAAUCCAAGAAAAAGGAAAUGCAGCUGAGAAGAAAGUUGAGCUAUCUUACCUCCAGAAUAUUGAGGAUACAUACAAAUCAUCCUUCCUCCCACUAAUUAGAGAGACAUCUGAGGUAUUGCAGUAUACUGCUUCUGAAGUACAGAAUGUGGAGCAGAUUGCUGAAGACCUUGAAUAUGUAAAAAUCACUAAAGCUCCAUGGACGGAACAGAAUGAUGUCACCUUCCAUCAUUUACGUUUGCUGGUUCAGGACAAGUUCAACGUUAUUAACCUCUUCAACCUGCCCAUCUUCAUUCCAGAAGUCACAGUCGGUGGAUUAGAGUAUGACAAGCUGUAUUAUCAGUUCCGAGAUCUGCCUGGAAGAAAAUAUGCAAAAGGAUACAAUGAAGAUAUUGGGGACAAGUACAUUUGGCUGAAAUAAACUAUUUUGAGCCUCACAGCAUCUGCUCCUGUUAAUGUUUUCACUGCAAUGACUGGCAUUUUGUUUUUUAAGAUCAGACUGUGCUAUGAGGGAGUAGUAGGAGUGACGCUAUAUAUCCCAAGGAACAUAAUACAUCUGUAUGUUGCUGCUGUCAUGCUCAAUCACAAAUAAAUGUUUUCUUUGAAAUUGUCAU